GCUAUCUGAACCGACAGAGUCAAGCAGGAUUGUCGACGAGAGUUUGCCGGAUUUUAGCAGCGCAGGGCCACCACCACCCAAAUGUGUCACGGCAUUUGCUGCACUGUUCAGGCACAUCGUACAAGAACUUCCGGCACAAAGCUCCGCCCGCCGCGGUGCGAUUGGACAGGUUGCCAAGAGGCUGGCAGUCCAACUCACACCAUCAGACCUCAAUGUUUUCCUCCGGGAGGUUCAGCUUGGACUGUUGGACAAGGGAGGGAUUUCCAGAAGCAAAAGCACGGUGCUCUCAGCACGUUCUUGGAAGAAGCAUCAGGAAAAAGCAGAAGGCCGCCUUAAGGCUGUUCUUCGCCUGGAAGACAACGAGAAGCCGAAUCCAGUCCAGGUGUUGUGGACUUCGAUGAGUUCGCGCAGUCCACCGACUACGAAAAGCGGCUUGCAACACGAAAAUUUUAGGCGCUGCCUGAAAGAAGUGGUUCAGGUUGCGACGACGGCGAGUGACUGGGAGGUGGCCUGGCAGUGCAUGGACUUGGCUUCACUGCCAGACGAGGAGCAGAACGAUGCCACCCUACUUCUUGCCAUCACCUUGCUGACAGCCGCUGUGCAGAAUGGUGAGGGCCAGCACACGCGAGCCCUAGCAGACUUUGUGAGGAGUCACAAAAUCAAGCUCCGCAUCCUGGAAUCUGCUGCUGCUCACUUAGUCGGAAGGAUUCCAGUGGACGUUCCACUGCCUCCCCGGCUCCCGCAGGUCCUUGCCAGCUUGCUGGCCUACCUGUACCCUGCGCCAAUUCGGACAACAGGCUAUGGUUGGUUUCGGCCGGGUUGGAAGUUCAAUGAUUGGAUGAUCUCUGUGGAAAAAGUCUUGGGCAGCUUGAAGGAGAUGGAAGCUCUGGCACUUCUCGAUGAGACAUCGGCGCUGGUGAAGGCUUCGGAUUCCUUGAGCAACAAAGAGCUCGAGGACUUCUUGGAGAAAGCCAAGCUCGAGUUCCGGGCUUGA